GUUCUCACUAGGCAUACAGUUCAAUUGAGUCGAAUCAGUCUAGGUGGAUGGAGCAAAAUGGAUUUCCUAACGAAUUGGUGGUUUGGAGCGCUGGUAAUCGUAACAGUGCUUCUUGUGCGGGAUGCAAUUGACAAAUCUGGGCGCAUAUAUCGGGCCAUAAACAAAUUUGCAGGACCUCCAUGUUUGCCACUCAUUGGGACUCUGUGCGAAAUUCUUUUCAUGAAUCAAGCCACGACUUACCAGUGGGCCCGCAAAUGGCCCAAACGAUACGGAGGAUCGUAUCGAUUCUGGUUCAGUAGCACACUGUACGUACUGAAUGUGGUCAGAGUUCGUGAAGCCGAGCACAUCCUGUCGAGCACCAGAAAUAUCGACAAGAGUCGAUUCUACAAAUUUCUCCAUCCCUUCUUGGGACUAGGUCUGCUAAACAGCAAUGGAUCCAAAUGGAUGCAUCGCCGAAGAAUCCUGACGCCUUCGUUCCACUUCAACAUACUCAAUGGAUUCCACCAUACAUUCGUGGAAGAAUGCGAUCAACUGUUGGCCACGAUCGAUGAACACGUGGACAAAGGAGUUCCGACGGCCUUGCAACCGGUCAUGUCCAAGUUUACGUUGAACACCAUUUGCGAAACAUCGAUGGGCGUUAAGUUAUCUACGGUUUCUGGAGCAGAUGUGUACCGCACGAAGCUCUACGAAAUCGGUGAAGUCUUGGUUCACCGCUUGAUGCGUCCAUGGUUGCUGAACGACUUCCUCUGCCGUUUGACGGGCUAUAAGGCGGCUUUCGAUAAACUUCUGCUUCCCGUUCAUUUGUUUACAACUGGGAUCAUCAACAUGAAAAGGAAGCAAUUUCAGGAGAGCUUGGAACCCUCCGUCGAGUUGACCGAAGAAAAUAUUUACCUUAACCCAAAGAAGCGUUACGCCAUGCUGGAUUCGCUUUUACUCGCUGAACAGAAACAACUCAUCGAUGAAGCAGGCAUUCGGGAAGAAGUAGACACGUUCGCCUUCGAAGGUCACGACACUACGGCCGCCGCUCUGGUUUUCAUAUUCUUCACCUUGGCACGCGAACCAGCUGUUCAAGAUCGAAUCUAUCGUGAAAUACUGCAAGUUUACAGCAAUAAACCUCAGUCAUCCCGAGCUUUCACCCCACAAGACUACUCCGAGAUGAAAUUUCUGGACCGGGCCCUGAAGGAAUGCCUUCGUCUGUGGCCACCGGUGACAUUUAUAUCGCGUAGCAUAUCCGAGGACAUCAUCCUUGACGACGGGAGUCUCAUCCCGGCGGGGUGCGUUGCGAACAUUCACAUAAUGGAUAUGCACCAUGAUCCGGAGCAGUUUCCCGAUCCGGAACGUUUCGACGCGGAUCGGUUCUUGCCAGAGCAGGUUGACCGAAGAAAUCCCUACGCAUAUGUGCCAUUCAGUGCAGGGCCAAGGAACUGUAUUGGACAGAAGUACGCAAUGAUGGAACUGAAGGUGGUGGUGGUGAAUGCUCUUUUGAAGUUCAGGGUACUUCCGGUGACAAAGCUGGAAGACAUUAAUUUUGUAGCGGAUUUGGUUCUGAGGAGCACCAAUCCGAUUGAGGUUAGGUUUGAGAGGAGAUAAUUAGCAGUGACCUGUGAAUAAAUGUUAACUGAAUCCGAACAA